CGCCCGCCCAAGGCUCGCAGGCACAAUUCCUCAACCCGAUUUCGCACCAUCCCACCUACCAUCUGCGACUCUGCGAUCUAUCAAGCUGCACCCCGAUAGCGGAGGUCAUCAGAGACAGAGCGGACAUCAAGCAGUAUCACCAUCGGUGGCUAUGGAUGCAGCCUCAGUUCUGGCCAAUUCGCAUCCAGACUCGCUCAACGUCUUCCAAAGUCCGCCCCCUCAACUUCCUCCCUACGGUUUUCCAGACCAGCUGCAGGUCACCCAGGAGGACGUCGGCACGGGCACCCCACCAAAUGUGCCCAAGUCGAAGCGGAGAAAGUUGUCAGCCUUCAACGAGGGCGUGAAGGGCCUGGACGACGCAGAGGGCGAAGCGGACAAUGCGCUGCAGCGGAAUGGCUCUGCGCGCAAGUCGCGACCGGCCGGAACAAAGAGGGCCUGCAACCAGUGUAGACAGCAAAAGCUGAAGUGCAACGUCAUUGAAAAUCCGUGGAAGAGCUGCGAUCGAUGCGUCAAACACAAGCUGGAUUGUGUCAUCACGGCGGACUUCAAGCGCGUCGGCAAGAGGUCGCAACAGGCGGAGCUGGAACGCAGCAACGAUGAGCUUCAAAGGCAGGUGGUCGAGCUCACGCGCGCUCUCGCUGCGCGGGACCAGAAUGGCGGCUUGUACGAACAGCAUCUGCGGCGCCAGCUCGAGGAAGCAAAUAUGGCAAACUUCACUGCAACGCCACCGACGGCCGACGACGGCUCUCACGACGCGGCUCUGCUGCUAAAUCUCAAACAGUCGGACCCCAACAGAGCCACCCCGCUGGGAAGGAUCACACCCAUGGGCAGAACGCAGGCGUUGGAAAGCGUUAUACUGACGCCUGACAUGAUUGAUAGCCUCUGGGCAGAAUACUACACCCGCUACCACGAGUAUCUGCCUGUCCUUGAACCCGAUGUUGACAACCCAGACCAUGUUCUGCAGCGUUCGCGGUUUUUGUUCUGGACCAUUGUCAUGGUCGCUUCGCGACACUUUGCCCUUGACAGCACGUUAUUCUCUCGUCUCGAGCGACCAUACGAAAAGCUCGUCCGAGACACAAUCACCAGGCCGCCGACUCGUGAUCAGCAUCAUGCUGUCAAAGCGCUUUGUCUGCUUUGCACGUGGCCUCUUCCCGUUUCGAGCACAACGGAAGACAUGACGUUUGUCUACUCAGGCAUCAUGAUGAAGUUCGCCAUGCACCUUGGCAUCCAUCGACCUUCCAGCCCCACGGACUUCAACAACAUCCCCAUCAAUCUCCAGCAAGAUCAGGUGAAGGAUCGCCUACGAACCUGGGCCAUCUGCAACCUCGUUGCGCAAAAUGUCGCCACGAGCUUUGGACAACCUCCAGAGACGGUGUGGGACUCGACGUUACUGCCACGGGUAGGUGAAACGCCAGCCGCUUUACAAGCUCUUCAGAACCGCCUGAAGAUAGAACAAAAAGUGGACAAGGUAACGCGGACAGUGUAUUGUGGGGAUGCUUCCCCAAAGACAAUCAAGGCAUUAAAUGAUGAGCUGCAGGAACUCGCCUUGACCAUGGACCUGAAUAACGAUUUAGACAAUUUGUACUACCGCGCCUUGAUGCUUCAUUUCAAUUUAAAGGCAUUUUUUGCGAACCACGACUCGGAAGAUUAUGCCAUCGCGCUGCAAGCGCUGCACACGAGCACAAGGUACUUCCUCGAUGCUGCCUUCAAGCUUGAUCUUCUAUACGCACCGAAUUACAUCAUGCAAAUGUGCAUCGCGGCAGUGGUGUCCUUACUGAAGCUUCUGAAUUCAUUCUUUGGCUUCCAGGAGUACUCGGAACGCGAGUCUGGUGUUGAAAUGUUCUGGGAAGCGAUCAACCGCAUCCGAACGAUGAGUGUACGCCCGAACGAUCUGCCGCAACGACUAGCCGAGGUGUUUGCCCAGAUGUGGAACGCUUGGGAUACGCUCAACAGCGAGAGAGUUGGCGGGCCCAUCGCUGAAAGCGUCACAAACGGCGAGAUCGACUCGAGUCUGACGUUGAAGCGGCGAUAUCGCAUGAGCAUGUCUCACGUGUUUGACAGCGUCUGGCGGUGGAAGGAAGAGAUGCACGGUGAACGUGACAAGCUCAAGGACGCGUUGAAGAACCCAACCAGCCCGAUUGCAAUGACGCACCGGAGCAGCUCUAUGUCAAACGGUAGAAGACCAUCGAGCAGCAUGAUGGACGACGUUGACCACGUGACAACGAUGGCGAGUUUUGGUGCAUACGGUAGCCUGCCGCUCAGCGCGCCGCAGGACAUGACUUUCAGCACAGGCUACGACUUUUUUGACCCACUGGGGUGGGCAUUGAACAACGAGAUGGCCGGCAUGCCGAUUCCAGACGCCUUCGUACCGCAGCACAGCGGCAACAUGGGUUGGUAACGUCUUGGGGGUUAUGAUACGCGUAGAAACGGCCGUUAGUGGCAAGCAAAAAGGAUAUGACACAUAGCAAAGCGAUGCUACUGCCUGAGCAUCAACUGCGACCAAACUUGGCGGCCAUUUGCUUUCCCUAUUAUUGGCGUUGCAGCCUCCCACAAGGAACCAGCCUUCGGCUUUCGUCCUGUGGAAUUUGCUUGAUUUGUUUUUCGUUCUUUCAGUCUCUUUUUAUAACGACGUGAAGGCGGGAUACCCUGGAAGAAAAGAAUGCAAGAUUUGGUCUAGUUGCAACGGUUGGAUCUUAGAAAUUGAAGAAGAAUCCAAGGUCGUAGCCUCACUCUA